AGAUGACAAAUCCUUGGGAAGUUUCCGAUGCCGAAUAUCAGAAGAAUUUCGCAAUGUUCGGCCAAUUAACCGGAGGACAACCGUUUAUGGAUGCGGUCACUGCACGAAAUGCACUAAUGCGCAGCAAUCUGCCAACGCAAGUGCUUUCUCAGAUCUGGGCGCUGUCAGACUUGGAUAAAGACGGCCGGCUCGAUAUUCGUGAAUACUCUAUCGCGAUGCGACUUGCUCUGAAUUGUCUUGCCGGAAUUCCGAUUCCUCCGCAACUUCCGCCUUCCCUGCUGGUAGUUCCCGCCAGAAAUGCUCCACCAACCUGGCCUGGAAGCCGGCAUGGCAGUGUAGACUACUCACAAACUCUUCCACCGGCCAUUGAUCGUCGAAUGUCGCAGUCAUACAUCCCAUCUGCACCGGUUUCGAUUGCCGGAACUCCAUCUAGCAGACACAACUCGAUUUCAGCUGGAAGCCCUUUGAAUAAUGAUCGCAAUGUCUUCGAAGGCCGGCAGCUGGAAAACUGGGCGAUUCCUCACCACAAUAAAUUAAAAUAUUCUCAAUUGUUUAAUGCUCUCGACAAGGAACGUCUGGGCUCCCUGAGCUCACAAGUCGGACGGAGUGCUCUCGGGCUUUCAGGCCUUCCUACCAAUGUUCUCGCGCAUAUCUGGUUUUUGUCAGAUGUGAAUAAGGAUGGAAAGCUAUCAGUGGAUGAGUAUGCGAUUUCUCAGUAUAUGAUUGAAAUGUUCAAAAGUGGAUUCGCGCUUCCAAAAAUAACCCCGCUGGAACUUGUCCGGAUGUGCGGAAUCUCAUCAAGAUCAGCCAACAAUACCCCUGAACUCGAACCAGGAGCGGAGCCACCACAAAAGUCACCAGCUCCGAAAACUUUUGAAGAUAAGCGACAGGAUAACCUAUCUAAAGGUCAGGCAGAACUGGAGAGACGACGUAGAGUUCUUGAAGAAGAGGAGCAACGAAGACGAGCAGAAGUAGAGAAGAAAGAGAGAGAAGAAGAAGCGAAGAAAAAUAGAGAAAGACAAGAAAAGGAACGACAGGCUGAAGUUGAGCGGCAAGCUGAACUAGAAAGACAGAGAAUAAUUGAAGCUCAACGGGAGGAAGAGGAGAAGAAGCGGAGGCUAGAGAUGGAGAGACGCAGAGAGGAGGACGAGAAAAUGAGAAAAGUUCAAAUGGAGAAGGCGAAAGUUAAACAGAUGCAGAACCAGAAGCAACAAGAGAACGAGCGUCUUGCACAACGUCAGCAACGAGAAAAAACGCUGCAAUUUCAAUUACAAGCACUUGAUGAGAAGGUUAUCGAUGUUGAAGUGGACAUUGGAAAAGCCAAAGAAGCAGUAGCAGAAGUGACUGGAUUUAUUGAGAGAAUGAGAUCUACGAGAGACGAGAAAGUCGCGAGAAUUAAAGAAUUACAAGAGACUAAUCAGAAGUUCCAGACAGCUAUCGAAUCUCAAGAACUCGGCCAUCAGCUUCUACAAAAACAGUCGGCUCACAAGGAGACAACGCAGAGAAAAAGUGAACUAGAAGCACUGCGAAGGAAACGAGAUGCUAUUCGAAAAGCUAUAGAAGAUGCCGCUCUGGAAUUAUCCACAGAAAAAGAGAAAUCGUAUAAUCAGACGGAGAUUUUAAAGACGAAUAAGGAAAAGUAUAAGACUGAUGUUUAUUCGAAACUUGUCGCAAAACGAGAAGAAUAUCGAAAUUCGUUUGAGCUUCUGGUUCAUGCUCAGACACAUGCCAGGAGCAAAAUUGGGGAAUUUGAAGCGAAAUCUGCUCCAGCUUCAGCUGCUCCAGCUCCUGCUCCUGCUCCAGCUCCUACUACCACCAACGGAUUCCCUGCAAACUUCAACGAUGCAUUCGGAGAAUUCGAUAAAACCGAUGCAAGUCAACGUUUCGACGCGGAUUUCGGUGCCACGUCGACAGCGGAUCCAUUUGCUCAGAUUGCUCAGGCGCCAGCUCAUUCGAAGGGUGCUGUUGAUCAAUCGGCGUUCAAUAUUCAUGACACUUAUAAGUGUCGAGCUCUUUUUGCGUUUGAAGCAAGAUCCGAGGAUGAGCUCAGUUUUGAACCAGGAGACGUCAUAAUCGUCUUCCAAUCCCAUGCAGCUGAACCAGGAUGGCGUGCCGGUCAACUUCGUGAGAAAGUCGGAUGGUUCCCAGAAGCAUUCGUCGAAGCAAUCGCAGCAGUACCUACUCCAGGCGGUGAUCCACCUAUUCAGAAUAUGCCACCAAACAUGACGCCGAGCUCAUCAGUAGAUCAAAUUGGAGUGAAAGCGGCGCGGAAAGCGGAAAUCGCAGCGGCAAUGGGAUUGACAGAAGGUGGUGCUCCACCUGCUUCAAGUGCUCCAGCAGCAGCAGCAGUAAUAUCUCAAUGUAUUGCACAAUUCCAAUGGAGAGCACGUAAUGAGGAGGAUUUGUCAUUUGCAAAAGGAGAUACAAUUGAGGUACUAGAAAAGCAAGAAAUGAAAUGGAAAGGUCGAAAUCCUGCCGGCGAAAUUGGAUGGUUCCCGAAAAGUUAUGUGAAAGAAGUCGGAGCAACCACCAGCACCACGACUCCGAUUGUGUCUCCUUCGAAGGCUUCUGCAGGAGCUCCAGGAGCAGCAGCAGGAGCUCAAUACGACGUGGUACCUUCCGAUGUGACAUUACAAGCCUCCGAAACAGCCCCCCAACAACAACUUUACACUGUGAUCUACGAUUUUGAAGCUGUCGAGACAACAGAUUUGGCACUGCAUGUCGGUGACACAAUUCUAGUGCUCGAGAAAAACGAUGAAUGGUGGAAAGGGCGUUGCAACGGACGUGAGGGUAUCUUCCCAGCCAACUAUGUCGAGAUAUCAGUCCAGCAGGCAGGGGAUCCGACUCCACCAACUCAAGCUCCAACUCCAGCGGCUCCACCAACCGUCCUCUGUGAAGCUAAAGUUGUCGUGGAUUUUGUUGCAUCGGCGCCAAAUCAAUUGGGAAUCAAAGUUGGCGAAAUUGUGAAAAUUCGUGAAAAAUCAGCAGCCGGCUGGUGGGAAGGCGAGCUGAUUCGAAAUGGAAAACCAAUCGCCGGAUGGUUUCCUGGAGAAUAUGUAAAAGUUUUGGAAGAAGCCGCUUCUCCUGCCACUCGAGCCACUGCAGUAUACGAUUAUGAAGCUUCUCAGCCAGAUGAGCUGGGAUUCAAGACUGGAGAUGUUAUAAUUGUCACUGAUAAAUCUGAAGCUGAAUGGUGGAGUGGACAUCGAGAACAAGAUCCUUCGAAAUCUGGACUUUUCCCAUCGAAUUAUGUUCAGCAGCAAUAAUUAUUUUUAAUUUUAGUGUUUUUUGUCGAAUUUGCAUAAUUUUUUAUUUAUUUUCCAUGUACCAUAGAUUGCCUAUUUCACUUGAGUAUUCUCCCGCAUAAUUUAUUGAUUUCUUGAUUCAUUGCUCGACACGUGGUGUCAGAGUGUCCCAUAUUGGUUUGAUCUAUCUAGAGAUCUACGAGAAUCGCGCGGGAAUUUGAAUUUUUUUGACGGCAAAAAAUUCCCGCAAAAAACAAAUUUUUUUGUAGAUCAAACAGUUAUGGGACAGCCUGACACUCUAUUUAAUGCAUCCACUUGAUUUUUUGAAACUAAACUUAAUAAAUAUUAGUAGAAA